UGUCCACUUUGAAGUUCAGCUGUAUUCAACAUGGCCAGAAGUUUUGUAGGGACUAGUAUGAUAUUGUCAGAGUUUAUUUCAGGUUUAUUUAAAAGUAAUUCCUAGCCAUCAGAGAUUUUAGGUGGAGUGAUGAAAUCAUUUUUCUGACUGAUCAGGAGCAUAUUCUGUGUAAUUUAAUCUGUACCUGAUUUUUGUUGUUUUUUUAAAAUCUGUUCUCAUUGACCCAGUUAGAUGUUGAUAUAUAUAUAUGUAUAUUUUUUAUUACAGUUAAUUCAUCCUUUAUUUGAUGAUAAAACUUGUCUGUUAAUACAAAUCUUAGGAUUAAAGAUUCUUUCACCAAACUUUCAACAAUCCAAACCCUUGAGUCCAGAAGACUCAGAAGAAGAAAUUCAGCUUGGUCCUGCCAAGUUUGUCUGCUGGACAGCAAUAAAUAUCUUUGAAGGAAAAUCUGUGAGAAGUGGCCACCAUUAUCUCCCUUUAUUAUCUGGACAGCCAUCAGAGGAAGUACUCCUGCAACUUUCAAAUAUGUCAGCACAAUCUGUCUUCAGUACACUUCAUCCUGGCUCUUGCUAUGGCACAGCCAGCUUACUCCUUUCUAUGUGGGAUGGACACUUUGAAUUUGAAGAACUUCCUCAGAUAGUAGAUCAUAAAGAGAUGUUAAAUACAGUAGGUCAAAUUGAAGAUUAUCAGAAGGAAGAUUUUAAAGGAACUCAGCAAAGUAAAGAUUGGAGAGAUACACUUCGUAACCUAAUUGAGGAAAACAACAAGGGAAAUACAGAGAGUUUCCUUCAGAAGUUCAAUGCCUUUGAAGAAAUUGCUACAAACAAGUUAGAGCACCUUAUGAUAAACAUUUCGUAAUUGUUCCGUUUUUCUUCAUACCAAUUUUACAGAUUACCCAACAUUAUUGAUAUUGAUGUUCACUCUGGACAGUCAAGAAACAAAUAUUGGUUGUUUUCCAUACAGGAAUGGUCAUGCGGAUAUGUUAGUAUGUAUGUGGUUGUAUCGGUGUCCUCUUGUGUUGUGACAGUUGUGUAGUGGAACAUUAAGAUGUUGCCUGGUUGCAUUGUUAUUGUGUUAUUUAUGACAGAAUUACUGUGUAAUAUGUUGCAGUGUUGGUGUAUUGUUUAAUAGUUUUAUUAGUAUGAUAGAAGGGUGGCAACUUAGCAGAAUCAUUAGCAUGUUGGACAAAAUGCUUUGUCGAUUUUUUUCUGGCUCUUUAUGUUCUGAGUUCAAAUAACAUUGAGCUCAACUUUGCCUUUCAUCUUUCCAGGGUUGAUAAAAUAAGUACAGAUUGAGCACUAGAAUUGAUGUAGUUGAUUUGCCCCCUCCCAGGCCUUGUACCUGUUGUAGAAGGAAUUAUUAGUGUGGUUUGUAUGAUGAAUGAGCUGGCAAAAUCAUGAGUAUGUUGGAAAAAAUGCUCAGUGGUAUUUCUUGGCUCUUUACAUUUUGAGUUCAAAUUUUGCUGAGGUCAACUUUGGUUUUUAUCCUUUCAGGGUCAAUAAAAUAAGUACCAACUGAGCAUUGGGGGUGAGAUAAUUGUCUAAACCCCUUCCUCUAAAAAUUACUGGCCUUGUGCCAAAAUUUGAAACCAUUAUUAGUAUAAGAAAUGAGGUGUAUGAUAGUGUUGACAUGCUGUAUAGUUGUUGUAUUGUUUAGUUCUAGGUUAGCCUUGAUCUAGUAACUGAAACAAUCUUCUCUAGCCCUGGUGUAUUUAGUACUACACUUACCAAUAAUCUUUCCUUUUUUUAAAAAGAUAACAGGGUGUAAUUUGAAGAAAAUUUGACUGCUUAUUUGGCAGGUCAAAUGAUCACAUGGAGAUCCUUUCAUUUCUUGGAGAAACUUUCUCAUUGGCAUACUUACAGUAUAUAGUUUAGUUGUGUUGUGUGGUAUGUUAGUGCAUUAUAAUACCAUAUAUGGUAAUGUUCAUAUGAUGUAUGGCCAUGCUGUGUGAAUGUGGUGUAGUUGUGUUAAUGUUACGUCAAAGGGUUGAUGUAUGUGUACAAUAAUGAAGAUGUGUUGUAGUAUAAUACUGAUUAAUGUUUUGUUACUAAAUCACAAAUAAAAAAUCUCUGAGAUGAUGUAAUAAAUUCUUUCGGUUCCUGUAGAUCACAAAGGUUAUGAAGUACAAUUUACAAUAAAAUUGUUUGUUUGAUUUUCA